AUGUCGGAACCACUUUCCAAAGUCGACUCUGCCGUCCAGGGCCUCGCUACCUCUCCUCCCAAGGAGAAGCGCAGACAGAGCUCUGCCGCCGCUCCUGGCGUCAAGAACGUCAACGACCUUGAGGCAGAAGGCAUUGAUCUUCAAAUAGCUAUCGAGACACAGAAGACAGGAUGGAAGAUCAACACCUCCCCCUCAACAAUAGAGGAAAAGGAGAUCCUCAAGAAGCACCUGACAGAACCCCCGGUCAAGAGAAUUGACCUGCACUUCCCUCUCGGCAUGGAAGUAACAGCAAGGAACCUGAAGGGCGUCACAAUCAAGGACGCCAUGGACGCCAUCCACAAGGCAUACAAGAAGAGGUCCGACGAUGAGCUUGACAAGCCCUACCUGAUGGGCUUCGAGUGGGACAAGGAGGAGUCAUGGACCCGCCUCGUCGUCCACCUGUCACCCAACUCGACACAGGCAAUGUCCAGCGGCGGCAAGAAGAAGAAGAACAAGAAGGACGAGGAGUAA